AUGAGCGCAGCAGACAAUGAACAAAUCGCAGACAGUGAAGACGACGACAUUUUUGGGCCUUUGGAUAAUCUGCCUGUAGUUUCAUCCUCGGAAUCAUGGCACGGAUCUUCCGACCCGUCUUCAGAAUCAGACGAGGCGGAGGGUAUCGCAGAAGAUACUAGCGAAGAAAAUGAAGUCGAACCCGAACGCGAAGAAGCUCCACGAUCGGAGGAUGAAGGACAAGAAGCUCGCCUAGUUGAAAGUAAACGAAGCCGUAUUUCUGCAGAGCUUCGACUACAACAUGACAGGAGGUCCUACUUGUCAGGACCUUCCAUAAGAUCGUAUAAGGGACUGCUCAAGGAUAUGCACGUGGACCCAGAUUCGAAGACUAUUCAGUGGACCAAAAAAGAGAAUGAUGCUUUCUUCACAGCACUCGCCCGCAAAGGAAAGCUCGGUGUUCAUGAAAUCGCGCAGCAAAUUAAAACCAAGUCACGGCUAGAGAUUUCAGAUUACAUUGAAUUCUUGGAAGAGAGAUUACAGGGACAUCGGUUAUCAGAAAAGUCCCUUCUCGAAGUGGAAGUGCCAGCUGCGGCGGAGAUCAAUGAAGGGUUGGAAAGAGUCCUUGAUCGUUUUGCCGAAUUUGUUACCCUUGAAGAACAGAAGAAGGAGCUUCUAAAAGCCAAAAAGGAAGGAAUCUCUGAUUUUUGGAUUUUGAACAGUACGAAAGCGGACGAAGUGGAAGAACUGUUCACCUCUGCUGGUGAAGAUGCCCUACCCGACGCCAUUUCGCUAGGCGCCGCUUUACUCGACGUCAAAAAUUGGAUACGACUAUCUGAAAAGAUCUUUAUGAACCCUGGAAAAUCUCGAUCAGAAGACAAUUGGAAAAAUGUUGCUUUAAAAGGAGAGACUCCGUCGCUUACAGCAGAUGCUUUGGGAGAAUUCUAUGAUCUCACCGUCGACCUCGUCAUUCGCUUGAUGGAGGAAGCCCACAACACAGCACAGGACAGAUUGGCCAAAGAGAGACGAAAAAGACGGCACUUUGUGAGGAGGGGAGAUGUGCACAGAGCUUUGACUAUAAUGGGCAUGAAGCACAGUCCAUUUGACUAUUACAUUCACCUUCCUCGUCGUCUGAAUCUUGAUGUAGCCCAUAUUAUGAAUAAGAAAGGCAAGCAAACAGUCAACACAUAUGUACCAUACGACAAAGUUGAAAGAAUACUAUCCAAGAGACUUGGACGCGGAGCGGGAGCAAGCUCGGGUAGUUCUGCUGCCUCAUCGCAGGAAGACUCGGAGAAUGAUAAAUACGACAAAGAAGACUAUGAUGAGAAUGAGGAAGAUGACAUUGACGAACUCGGGUUAUCAGAAGAUGAUAGCGAAACACAUAUCCAGGAUGACCAAAACACGGACGGAAUUGACGAGCAUUCCAGUGACGAUGAAGAUAGAGGGCCCAACGCAAACUCACCGGAAAAGCAACAACCUGACGAGUCGGAAUAUGAAGAAAUAGAUGACGCCGAACAUCAACAACUGGAAAAUGAACAACGCCUAGAGGAAUACAAUGACUACCUCGACAGACAAGCGAGUCAAAUGGAGGAAGCGCGCCUGCGAGAAUUACUUAAAUGUCCUGCAAUGGAUAGUCUUGAGCCUGUGGACGAGAAAGGCCAAGGAGAACCGCCGGAGAUAACUGAAGAGAUGCGCAGGGAUAUCAUGCAGAAUAAUGCUGCAGUUGAUUGGAGAAGUGAUCUUGUAUAUCAGGCUGAGUGGGAGACCUAUGGCUCGAAGCACCGCGAUGUCGAGAGGGAUAUUGUGGCUAAUCAACAUAAAAGGAGACGUAUUGGUUAGAAUUUAUGGAUGUCGACUGUUGUAAGAGGUGUCAUGUGGUAUGUCAGUGUUUAUUUAUUCUCGUCUGGCAUAGUCGUUUGAACUCUUUA